CGGAAGGAAAGACUCCGUGAAAUUGCAGCCCCCAUUUUGAUGAUUCAUGGAAGGGACGACCAGGUUCUACCUUUCGCUCAUGGGGUUGCUUUGAGUAAAGAGAUCAAGGAAGCCAAGUUACUCCCUUUGGAGGUGUUGGGCAUGACUUACCUCGCGGGGUUUGGAAUGUUGUUCUCCCGCUCUUUUGGAACAUACAGCGGCGUCUACGCCAACCAAAUAGGAGUAUGAUAAUACAGAAACUCCUCUCGCUGACAACUCGCCAUCCUUUUCUCAAUUGUACGCAACCAUAAUACAAC